AUGAACAACAACUUCUGCCACGCCCUGGUGGACCGGAGGCCCAUGGGGGCCCCCACCUGCAUGCAGCUGGGUGUCGUGCCCCCGCCCCCGCAGGCGCCCCUGCCCCCCACCGAUCCCCUGGGCCCCGCGCCCUUCCUGCUGUACCCGGGCCCCGCGGAGCCGCCCUAUUGCGACGCCUACGCGGGAGUGUUCCCCUACGUGCCCUUCCCCGGGGCCUUCGGGGUCUACGACUACCCCUUCGAGCCCGCCUUCAUCCAGAAGCGCAACGAGCGCGAGCGGCAGCGGGUCAAGUGCGUCAACGAGGGUUACGCGCGCCUGCGCGGGCACCUGCCGGGCGCCCUGGCCGAGAAGCGGCUGAGCAAGGUGGAGACGCUGCGCGCCGCCAUCCGCUACAUCAAGCACCUGCAGGAGCUGCUGAGCGCCGCGCCCGACGGCCCGGCCCGCGCGCCGCCCCAGCCGGCCGACACCUCCCGCUUCUCCUCCUCGCCUUUCUUAGAGAACGAGGAAUCCAGCCAGUGA